AUUACUUUGAUGACAGUCACUUGGAGUCUUCUCUGAAAGACGCGAAUCUCCACGAUGCUGGCAGCCCGGACAGGGGCGGCGGGGAGCCAGAUCUCAGAAGAGAGCACCAAGUUAAGGAAACAGUCUGGGUUUUCCGGAACGGGGAAAGACAAAUCUCCCAAGAAAGCCUCAGAAAAUGGUAAAGACAGCAGCCUCAGUCCCUCAGGGCAGAGCCAGCUCAGGGCACGGCAGCUGGCUCUGCUGCGGGAAGUGGAGAUGAACUGGUACCUGAAGCUGUGCGACCUGUCCAGCGAGCACACCACCGCCCACACCACCGGCAUGCCGCACAGGAAUCUUGGAAAAUCAGGACUCAGAGUUUCUUGCUUGGGUCUUGGAACAUGGGUGACGUUUGGAGGUCAAAUUUCAGAUGAGGUUGCUGAACGGCUGAUGACAAUCGCCUAUGAAAGUGGCGUUAAUCUCUUUGACACUGCUGAGGUCUACGCCGCUGGAAAGGCUGAAGUGAUUCUGGGCAGCAUCAUCAAGAAGAAGGGCUGGAGGAGGUCCAGCCUGGUCAUAACAACCAAACUCUACUGGGGCGGAAAAGCUGAAACGGAGAGAGGGCUGUCAAGAAAGCAUAUCAUUGAAGGAUUGAAGGGCUCCCUCCAGAGGCUGCAGCUAGAGUAUGUGGAUGUGGUCUUUGCAAAUCGACCUGACAGCAACACCCCCAUGGAAGAAAUUGUUCGAGCCAUGACACAUGUGAUAAACCAAGGCAUGGCAAUGUACUGGGGCACAUCAAGGUGGAGCGCUAUGGAGAUCAUGGAAGCCUAUUCUGUAGCAAGACAGUUCAAUAUGAUCCCACCAGUCUGUGAACAAGCUGAGUACCAUCUUUUCCAGAGAGAGAAGGUGGAGGUCCAGCUGCCAGAGCUCUACCAUAAAAUAGGGGUUGGCGCAAUGACUUGGUCUCCACUUGCCUGUGGAAUCAUCUCAGGAAAAUAUGGAAACGGGGUGCCUGAAAGUUCCAGGGCUUCACUGAAGUGCUACCAGUGGUUGAAGGAAAGAAUUGUAAGUGAAGAAGGGAGAAAACAGCAAAACAAGCUGAAAGACCUUUCCCCAAUUGCUGAGCGUCUGGGAUGCACACUACCUCAGCUAGCCGUUGCGUGGUGCCUGAGAAAUGAAGGUGUGAGUUCUGUGCUCCUGGGAUCAUCUUCUCCUGAACAGCUCAUUGAAAACCUUGGUGCCAUUCAGGUUCUCCCAAAGAUGACAUCGCAUGUGGUAAAUGAGAUUGAUAACAUAUUACGCAACAAGCCCUACAGCAAAAAGGACUACAGAUCAUAAGGCAAUGCAUGAGCCACAGAAGCUGCAUGGUUAAAAUAGCGGCCUGCACCCAGUACAGAACAGUGUUACUAGCCAGUCUUUUGAAUCACUUAGCAGCCUGCUGCUCAACCUCUAGUGUCCCUGGAUUCUCUGAGGUAUCUGCUGUUGCUACCACUGUGCAAAUCUGAAAACUCACAACCAAGAAAAUCCGUUCUAUUUUCUUACUUUGGACUGGAAUCACCUAUUCAUGCAUUGCUCUGUACACCUCAUGCUUAUGCAAUGGAGAGAAUAUGGGGGGAAAAGAUGUAUUACUUUCAGGAAUUUGGUAACUUAAAGAAGGCUGUACAGAUAUAUUUUUUCAAAAGAACAAAAGCCACAGAUGAAUUUGAAUGCAUAAGAAAUAGGUAUCAUCACUGAGAAGUCUUGCUUGGGAGAAUAAACAAAAACAAAUUACAUUUUUUUCCUAUCUUCACAUUCAUAUUAGCAAGUUUCGUUUUGCUUGUCAUUCAAAACUAAAAUUUCUAGGUAUUUGCUUUAUUACCUUUCAGAUAUUUACUGUUGCUUGGCCCCAAAAUGGCCCUGUACAACAAUUUAUCCAGCGUGUCUAUUAGGAUUCUAAUAAUAUUAUCCAUUUACAUAUAAAGAGGGUAAAGGGAUCAUGAAUCAUGAACUAGAGACAUUAUGGAUAAUUUAUGAAAGGGUUACACUGUGAGCUAUGAGAACUUAGCUUUGAAUAAAAUUCAAUGUAUCUGCAAUUAAGUGUCUUUUUUUUACAUUUUAUUAAAACCUGCUUUAUUUGUUCAACUGCUUAUAGGCAUAACUUCUGCAAGUGUCAAUAUUUGAGCUUUAAAAAUAAAUAUACAUAUUCUGAGUUUUGUAAGUAAACCUGUAAAAUACCUAGAAAGGCAAAUGUUCAGUUUAAUUAGCACUGGGACUUUACAAUAUAAUGUUUAGUAUUUUUGAGGAGUUAUUAACACGAAAGCAAAUCAUAGGCUUUCUGAAAAAUGCUAUGUCACUACUCAGAAUAUGCUGGGUGAAUUACCUUGCCCAGUAAAAAACAAAAUACUAAAGAACUUCCUGAUUCUAUAAUCAUAUUAUAUGCACUAAACUAUAUGCAUGAAAGUUCUUUUGCAUGGAUUAAAGGGGCUUAUCCUUAUUGCACUCAAAAUCUGAGGUAUAUCUAGCCCUACCACUACUAGCUACUUAUCCUCGUUACUAUCCCACUUCUGAAAAAUUAUGAGAACAUACCAUAAGUGUUGGUAUCUGUAAAAAGGGAAAAAACAUGCUUCUCUUUCUUUUGGAUGGGGAUGGUCCUUUAACUCUAUUUGGACAUAUGAGGAUGUAGAAAAUUCUAAUUUAAUUUUCUGGUCAGCAGGUUCCCCAUAUAGAAAUCACUUUGAGAUUUACAGAAUAUGAUAUCAUUUUAAAAUGCUAUUUUCUGUUACUGUUUCUGUUACUAUGUCCAGAAUGUAUUUCAAGGUUAAGUUCUGAUCUUAAAAUGUUAGUGGGAGGCAUCAAAAAAUUCUUUUUGAUUACUACUACCUGUAUUCUAAUACUGAGUUUGGACUUUUUGCCCAAGAGUAUCAGAUUAAUGAUGGAAAUGGAUUAUUUUUUCAGUUGUUCAUUGUGUACUCAAGCCAGUGAACUACUGUAUGUAUAAAUGAGCUGAGGUGCUGUCUAAUGGAAAAUGCGAUUUAACUUAUUUGCUUAGAGUAAUAAAAACAUUUUGUGCAUUCAAUUUCA